AUGGGGGUCAAGAAGAUCCAAGCGCCGGCGCUAUGGGCCAAUGGCAUCGAGGGCGACGGCAUUGUCGUGGCCAACAUCGACAGCGGUGUUCGCCAUACCCAUGAGUCGUUGGAGUCGAACUGGCAAAGAGAAUACGGUUGGUUCGACCCGUACAACAAGACGAACAAGCUGCCCGACGACGACGAUGGGCACGGCACUUCUGUCAUGGGCAUUAUGGUGGGAACGAAAGGUAUUGGUGUCGCCCCCAAAGCCAAGUGGAUUGCGUGCAAAGGGCUCAACCAUGGUUUGGAAGGUCUUAAGGUGGUGGAAUGCGCUCAAUUCCUGCUUUGUCCCCACAACAACGACGGCAAGAAAUGCGACCCCAGCAAGGCCCCUCAUGUGAUCAACGGCAGCUUUGGAUAUCCCACCUCAAACUUUUAUUUGGAAGAUAUCAUUGCAAAGUGGCGAGCAGCGGGAAUCAUUCCCGUUUUUGCGAUCGGCAACCACGGUCAUCAAGGCUGUACGUAUUCAGGUUAUCCUGGCAUCUCCCCUCAAGUGAUUGCUGUCGGCAACACUGACGCCUACGAUACUUUGGCGUUCAGUUCAAGUUUGGGACCUUCCGUCUUUAACAAUACACUCAUCAAACCCGACAUUUCUGCUCCUGGUGAAAGCAUCCCUACCUCAAGACACUACAGCGACGAUAGUUUUAUCAGGGCCUCGGGUACGAGCGUGGCCGCGCCUCAUGUUUCUGGAGCCAUCGCCUUGUACUUGUCUGCCAACAAUGGCGCCUCGUACGACCAAGUAUACAGGGCCCUGACCGAGAAUGCGGACACGAACACGUUAAAUCCGCCCCACAAGACCUGCGGUGGCAUUCCCAACACGCAGUAUCCCAACAACCUCUUUGGUCACGGCCGCUUGAACAUCUUCAACGCCACCACCCAAGUCCUGAACCUGACCGACGACCUAAGCACGUGUGGCACCUUGGAAGACAACACGCACUAUAUUGGCGGCGACCUGGCUUCGGUCAAUCUGGCGACUGUUGAACCCUGCUGCGCUGAAUGUAAAAAGACACCGGGAUGCAAAGUUUUUGUGUGGUACAACCUAAACGGUGGCUUGUGCCGGCUCAAAGACACCCAAGGCCGAAAGGUGCAUGUGGACGAAGCCAAGGCUGGCGUGCUACCAGCCCCAGCCUCGGGACGACGGCCGUUUUAG